AUUCAAAUUCGUGCUGUUUUCAGUCAAUGACUUUGAACAUUUUGCACCCUGUCGAAUACAUAAGCAGUUUUUGUAAUAUUGAUAGGACAUUAUAUUUUGAAAGUUCUUCAAAAACAAAAUAUCAAUGCUUUGGUUUCUGCUUAAGUUUAAUCUGAGAAACCAUCAAUCAAAAUGGCCCUCAAUUUAGUGCAUGAUAAUACUUUUUAUAAAUUGUGUGCCUCAGAUUGCUUUAGUUUACUGUUCAACCUGUUUAUAUAUUCAAUCGUCUGCAUUAUUUGUUUGUAGUCAUUUAAUUGAAACAUUGUUUCAGUGUUAAAUGUUCAAUCCCCUUUGCAUUUGUUGCUUGAUUUGAAAUUUUAUUCUAAUUGUUUAUUAGUCAAGUCUAUAAUUUAGCACGAUUUUAUUUCAGAAUAAUAAUUUAUUUUUUCUAUACAGUGAUCCUGUAUUACAUUCAUCGAGUGGAGAAAGAUCGGAUGUACGUUCUUUAUUGGAGAAACUUAUACUUGAGGACGACCAGUUCGACGUACAAGAUAUUUUACCAAACACAUUUGCAGAUCCAGCAUCACUGAUACUAAAUUCAGAUUAUGCAUGCCCAGUUGGUCAAGUAGUACAGGUUCCGGAUUGUGUACCUUGCGCUGUUGGAACAUAUUUUAACGCAACAAGCAAAUUAUGCAUUGCCUGUCCAAAAGGGUCGUACCAGUCUGAAAUUGGCCAGCUGCAAUGUAAAAGUUGUCCGAAUAUUGCUGGUCGAUCAGGCGUUACCUCAAUUACUGGAGCCCGAUCUGCAGCUGAAUGCAAAGAACGAUGUCCGGCUGGAAAGUACUUGGACACUGAUACAGGUCUUUGUCAACCAUGUGGAUAUGGAUUCUAUCAACCCAAUGAAGGAUCGUUCUCUUGUGAGAUUUGUGGAUUGGGACAGACAACUAGAAUUGCCGAAGCUACAUCAAAGUCUGAAUGUCGCGAUGAAUGCAAUUCCGGGAUGCAAUUGGGAGUUGAUGGAAAAUGCGAAGCUUGCCCACGAGGAACAUUCAGAACUCAGGGAGUACAACCGGCUUGUGCAGCUUGCCCAAUAGGAAGAACAACUCCAAAAGCUGGGUCCUCUAGUAUCGAAGAAUGCUCUUUGCCUGUUUGCGCUCCUGGGACUUACCUCAAUGGAACUGUAAACAUAUGCGUAGAGUGCGGUAAAGGAUUCUAUCAGCCAGAACAGCAGCAGACAUUCUGCAUACCUUGUCCACCGAACCAUAGCACCAAAACUAAUGCAGCGACAAGCAAAGCAGAGUGUAUCAAUCCAUGUGCCAACGUUGCAGAUGGACAACAGCAUUGUGAUCCUAACGCAUUCUGUAUUUUGAUGCCAGCAUCAUUUGAUUUCAAAUGUGAAUGUAAACCAGGAUUCAAUGGAACAGGAAUGCAGUGCACAGACGUAUGCGAAGGUUUCUGUGAAAAUUCAGGUCAAUGUGUCAAAGACAUCAAGGGGAUACCUUCUUGUCGUUGUAAAGGAUCAUUCACUGGUAUCAAGUGUACCGAACGCUCGGAGUUUGCAUAUAUUGCUGGAGGAAUAGCAGCCACAGUGAUUUUCAUCAUAUUGAUUGUUCUUUUGAUCUGGAUGAUUUGCUCCAGAGCGAACAAGCGACGUGACCCCAAGAAAAUACUUUCACCGGCCACGGACCAAACUGGCUCACAGGUCAACUUCUACUAUGGAGCUCAUACACCUUAUGCCGAAAGCAUUGCUCCUUCCCACCAUAGCACUUAUGCUCACUACUAUGACGACGAGGAAGAUGGAUGGGAAAUGCCAAACUUUUAUAAUGAGAGUUACAUGAAGGAGGGAUUACAUGGUACAAACGGAAAACUAAAUUCCCUAGCACGAUCCAAUGCUUCAUUGUACGGAACAAAGGAGGAUCUGUAUGACAGACUGAAAAGGCACGCCUAUACAGGCAAGAAAGAAAAAAGUGACAGUGACAGCGAAGGAAAUUAAACACUUUCUUGAAACCUAUUGAAAAGAUUUUAACUUAACGAAUCAACACCAGAUGAUGGUUGCCAUCUAUUAAUCUUCCCGCUGGCGCAAUACUCAACCAUUCAGUUAUUUUCAUUCGGGAAGUAUAUUUAAUACAUUUUGCAGGUUACGUCAUCUAGAAUUAUGGUUCAAAUUAAGUGCAACAAACUCAGUCCGAAGAAAAAAGCCUCUGAUUAUCUAGAUAAGUUCGUCAAUUUUAUCUAGAAGUUUUUGUUAUGUUUUGGAGCACUAUGUCAAAUAUAUUUUAAUUGAUUUAGGCUAAUAGUAGAAAUGAAUAUCCAAUAAAACCUGAUAUCCUUUUCAUCUGUUUUAAAUAAAACAUUGACCUUA